UAUCACCACUGCCGUUGUAUUCACUGUGGUUGUGUGUGUGUGUGUGUGUGUGUGUGUGGUAAAAGAAGCUAAAAUGGCGCUGAGUUCUCAAGGAACAAAGAAAAAAGUUUGCUACUAUUAUGAUGGGGAUGUUGGUAAUUACUAUUAUGGCCAGGGUCAUCCAAUGAAGCCUCACCGAAUUCGCAUGACACACAACUUGUUGCUGAACUAUGGCCUAUACAGAAAGAUGGAAAUAUAUCGACCUCACAAAGCCAAUGGUGAGGAGAUGACCAAGUACCACAGUGAUGACUACAUCAAGUUUCUGCGCUCCAUCCGGCCAGACAACAUGUCAGAGUACAGCAAACAGAUGCAAAGAUUUAAUGUCGGAGAGGACUGUCCGGUGUUUGAUGGCUUGUUUGAGUUCUGCCAGCUCUCAACAGGGGGCUCUGUUGCCGGGGCAGUGAAGCUGAAUAAGCAGCAGACAGACAUAGCCAUUAACUGGGCUGGAGGCUUGCACCAUGCCAAGAAGUCUGAGGCCUCAGGGUUUUGCUACGUCAACGACAUAGUGCUAGCCAUUCUAGAGCUGUUGAAGUACCACCAGAGGGUGUUGUACAUAGACAUUGACAUCCACCAUGGUGACGGGGUUGAGGAGGCCUUCUACACCACAGACAGGGUGAUGACGGUGUCCUUCCACAAGUAUGGAGAGUACUUCCCUGGUACUGGUGACCUGCGGGACAUUGGUGCGGGGAAGGGCAAGUACUACGCUGUCAAUUACCCUCUGAGAGAUGGAAUAGAUGACGAGUCUUAUGAAGCUAUAUUCAAGCCUAUCAUGGCUAAGGUGAUGGAGAUGUACCAGCCCAGCGCUGUGGUUCUUCAGUGUGGGGCCGACUCUUUGUCAGGGGACAGGCUGGGCUGCUUUAACCUCACCAUCAAAGGCCAUGCCAAGUGUGUGGAGUACAUGAAGAGCUUCAACCUUCCCCUGCUGAUGCUGGGUGGGGGUGGGUACACCAUCCGCAAUGUAGCCCGCUGCUGGACCUAUGAAACUGCCGUGGCUCUGGACAGUGUCAUCCCCAACGAACUUCCAUACAACGACUACUUUGAGUACUUUGGGCCAGACUUCAAGCUGCACAUCAGCCCCUCUAACAUGACCAACCAGAACACCAACGACUACCUGGAGAAGAUCAAGCAGCGUCUGUUUGAGAACCUGCGCAUGCUGCCCCAUGCUCCGGGGGUGCAGAUGCAGGCCAUCCCUGAGGACGCAGUGCAGGAGGACAGUGGAGACGAGGAGGAGGAAGAUCCCAACAAACGCAUCUCCAUCCGGGCUCAUGAUAAGAGGAUAGCGUGUGAAGAGGAGUUCUCUGACUCUGAAGACGAGGGCCAGGGUGGUCGCAGAAAUGCAGCCAGCUUCAAGAAAGCCAAGAGAACAAAGACCGAGGAGGAGAAGGAGGGAGAAGAGAAAAAAAGUGAGGAGAAAAAAGAAAAAGCUGAAGUAAAAGAAGAGGAGAAAGUGCCGGAGGAAGAAAAGAUGGACACCUCAAAGGGGCCAAAAGAAGAGUCCAAGACUCCUUGAAAUCCUUCCCCAGCCCUGCAUAACCCCAAUGCAACUAUUCCUGAUGAGACGUAUGUCUUUGGACCAGUCUAUAUACUGGUUGCUGCAAUGGGAAUCCCGGAAGGACUAUACAUUUUAACACAUCCUGCCCCUCAGAUUUGAAUGGGCUAUAUGUUUUUUUCUAGAACACAUUUAAAAUAUGACUGUUUAAGGACUUAAAAAGUAAAAUUGUGUUUUUUUAUAAGUACUCCUAUGUUUUUGUAUGCUUUGUUAGUGUUUUUGGUAGUCUCUCGGUUUAAUAAUUUUUAUCUACUAUGAUACCUGCUUUCAUCAAAGCACUUCUUAUAAAAAGGCCAGCCACAGUAAUACUUUUUAUAUAUCUAACUGGAUUUAAUUUAUUUAAAUCAUGGAUAUGUCGCCACCCUUCUAGCAGUCCCUCCCUGUUACUGUGUACCAAGUCCCACGUUGGUCCUGUGCCUUGUUAAGAUGCAGCUGAAAACAUGACACUUAGGUCCACUUCUCAAACAUGUUUUUGCAUAAUCUCCGGUCUUCCCUUCCCCAAGCCAAUGGAGAUGAGCACAAAUUCAAUAAAACUGAAAACCGCUUUUUACAGUAUUUCAAUUGAUCUUGUAAGAGACUUCCUACCUUUUUAGGACUAAAAUAUGGAUGCUAAGGGAGUUGUGUGUUCUAAGGGAGGUGGAACUUCAAUUAACUUUCCUUUCAGAUGAGUUUUUAAAAGUGCAUGAAUUUAUGUUCAGUUUGGCAAGUUAUAAAAAUGGAGACCAACUUAGUUAGAACACAUUCAUUGUUGUAUAUAUAUUAAGUAUAAUUCAACAAACAUUUUUUCCCCACAACAGUGCUUUGAAUAUUUCAUAUUCGUUUGUGAAGGACUACACUCUGUAUGAUCAUCCUUUAGACACCAAUAAAAUAAAAAGUAAUUAUAA